CGAGCCCAUGACGUCAUCAGCCUGGUCCAAAGUCCGGUGUGAACCCGGUUGUGUUGUAUUACAGCAGAAGGUUUUAGGAGCAGGAUCGCGUUGGUGGCUGCUGGUUUCUUCUGUGCUGCUGGUGGUGUUUGUAAAGGUGCGCUGAGAAGAUCAUCUUCACCUGCAGUGGGUUCCGUCUCCAUAGCGAGCGGUGUAGCGGAGCGGAACAAUGGCCGAACCUCCGGAGGAUCUCCACACUGACGACUGUCUCACCUCCUACACACACAUCUACAGCCAGGACCUGCUCAGGGAUCACGUGGCCUUCGUCACGGGCGGGGGCUCAGGCAUCGGCUUCCGCACCGCUGAGAUCCUGAUGAGGCACGGCUGCGACACGGCGAUCGCCAGCAGGAACCUGGACAAGCUCACUGAGGCGGCGAAGAAGCUCACGUGCGCGACGGGGCGACGCUGCCUGGCCCUGCAGAUGGACGUGCGUCAGCCGGACUCCGUCUCCGCCGCCGUGGACGAGACACUGAAGGAGUUCGGACGUCUCGAUAUCCUCGUCAACAACGCGGCGGGGAACUUCCUGUGUCCGGCGUCCGCUCUGUCCUUCAACGCCUUCAGGACGGUGAUGGAGAUCGACACCAUGGGGACCUUCAACACCAGCAAAGUCGUCUACGAAAAAUGGCUCAAGGAUCAUGGAGGCUCCAUCGUGAACAUCUCGGCGACGCUCGGAUACAGAGGCCAGGCGCUGCAGGUGCACGCUGGGUCGGCGAAGGCCGCCAACGAUGCCAUGACGAGACACUUGGCGGUAGAAUGGGGCCCCAGUGGCGUGAGGGUGAACACCGUGGCCCCGGGGCCGAUCUCCGGAACCGAGGGUUAUCGCAAACUCGGUGGCUCUCACGCCGAGAGCGCCGGCGUUUUCCGGACCAUUCCGCUGCAGAGGGCUGGAAAUAAAACGGAAAUGGCGCACGCCGUGCUUUUCCUGGCGAGCCGCGCGGCGUCGUACGUCACCGGUGCCACCGUGGUGGCGGACGGAGGGGCGUGGCUUACCUCGGCCAAUGACGUGGAGCGCCUGCUGGGUAUACACUCUCGCUCUGCUAAACUCUGAGAGGCAGUACUGCACGCAGGUCUCUGGUCACAGGAGAAAAGAGGAGACAAAUCCACCUGAAAAAAACCUGAAUUCUGAUCAUUAAAAUGUGUUUAAGAAUGCGAAAUACUGUCCACACCCUGCUGUUCUUCUUCACCUUUAUAGCAGGUAUAAAUCCCGUACCUGAUGUGCCUUCUGGAGAUAUGCAGUGUGUACUUGUGAUUAUUGCUGACUGGAAAUGGGAACAUCAGGCAUCCUUGGAUCCUGGAGGGUUCUUUGUUUUGGGAUACACUGUAAUGAAGCUGCAGUUUUUAUUAUUAUUAAUAUCAUCAGCAUUAUUUCUAUACAUUCCUCCCAAAGAACCCAUUUUUAAUACAUUUCAUAUAAGUGUCCAGGUCAUGAUUUCCACCAUCGUAACACCACUGGAGAACCGAGGACCCCUCAAAACCCAUUUGAAGGUCGAGUGCUGUAGAUGUAAUGCUUAGAAAACAUUAAUGUACAUAUAAUUUCUCUACGUUCACUUCCAUAAUAAAACUUGUAAUUCUUCCCA